AUGGUUGUGUGGAAUGCCCGUGGCUUGCUCCACUCGGAUGCGAGGCUGCGCAGACGCAAGCAGGCGCUGCUCGCAUCGUACAUGAAGGUCAAUGCCAUCAUCGCGGUGCAAGAGGUCCACGGCUCCGAGGACGCGCUCAGGAUCUUCCUCCAGGCGCAGCCGCAGAACAUCCUUACCGACUCAAGAUACCUGGUCAAGUUCACGUACCUCCGCGUCUUCAUCGGCUGCAAGUCGCUCCGACACUCGGUCAAGUUCACGAAGCCCUCCUCCGACAUCCAUGGCUAUGCCGUACUACACCCGAUUGAAUCACAAUGGCCGACUCACUACGACAAGUCCUGCAAGCAGCUGUCCACGAUCGACCGCAUCUUCUUGGGGAUUGACGCGCACGCCAUGCUGUCGGUCUCAACGAUCCUGACCACCGCGAGGGAUGCGAUGGAGCUCUCCGAGGCUGGCAUCAGCGACCACGCGCCCCUCGUCUUGCAGAUCACUGCUGCUCGUCACGUCCCGCGAGACGAGCAGCUCAUCCCGACUCACCUCUUCAACCACAGGAAGUACCCCGAGGCCUACUCGCUCAUGCUGGCACACUGUUCCCUAGAGGGGGAAACGGCGGAAGGUCGCUGGAGAGCAGCGAAGCAGUGCAUGAAGCUGGCUGCUCGACGCGUGCGGGAUGAACAGCUGAGGACCAACUUCUCCCUCCUCGUCAAGGACACCACGGUCGAGACCUCGUGCAUGGGCUUCAAAUCGGCGGCGAGAGCCGUAUGGCGACAGGACGCUGUCCUUGCAGGCAGGCUCCUCGACUCUUGCCCCGCCUUGGCGGCCCACCUCAGAGUUACCGACGGCACCGUGCACAUUGUGGAUACCAACAGCUUUGCCACUAAUUUCGAUGCCAUCGCCGAGCGGGUGCACUCUAUGAGAAGGAAGGUGGCGGAGGCCGCAGCUCGGACAGCCAACUUACGCGACAGUGCAGCCUGGCGGAGAGUUGAACGCAAGGCCGCCAGACACGCUCAGCUUUGGGUUCCGUGGCGGCGGCGCAUGAUCCUCUCAGGCUUGCGCGUGGACUCUGCGCCGUGUGCCGCCAGGGACUCGCAGGUGGCUCAGCACGUGGUCUCCGACCCCGCGGGCAUGAAGACGAUUGUGGCGAACUAUUGGGGUGAGAUCUUCGCGAAGGUGCCGAACUCUGAGCAGCUCAAGACACUGGACUCAUUCUUGGACAAGCAUGCACCGAGGAACCCCGUGGUGGAACUUCCUCAACCUGCCCUUCACAACCUUGAACGUGCGGUCAGCAGGGCGCCACCCAGCGCAGCGGGACCUGACCAGCUGACGUAUGCUGCAUGGCGCCGCAGCCCUGGAGCGCUGCAGCAUCUCCACGGGCUCAUGGAGGCCAUCUUCAACGACGGAGUCGCCCCGCUCGACCUCAACUGGUCGAUCUUCAUCUGCGUCCCCAAGGGCACGGAGGAGGACGACGUCCCUGACUCAUGCACGCGCACGGCAUCCACGGUGCGCACCCUGUCCCUCAAGAACUGCGACGCCAAGCUGAUUGCGGCAUGCGCGGAUAGAGGACUCCAACCUAUUGCCACAUCAUCCACCUCACCCGAGCAGAAGGGCUUCACUGCUGGGCGGCGUUUCGUCGACCACAUCCCAUUCUUGGACGCGGAGUGCCGCAGGGAGGGCCUCCUUCCUGAUGCAGCGCCCCGCCGCCCCAUGUUCCUGUCGUUCGGCUUCCGCCAGGCCUUCCCCUCGCUCUUCAGGGAAGUCAUCGAGAAGGUCCUCCCGCGCUACGGGGUCCCGCUGGGCUUUCGCAACGUGAUCGUGGCGCUCUACAGCAACUGCCUCGCCUUCAGCUCUUUCCGAGCCGAGGGCACCAGUGCGGAGCUGGAGCCGCUGUUUGCGCUCAUGUGCGGCAUCAUGCAAGGAUGUCCGCUCUCUGGCACGGUCUGGUGCCUGGCCAUGGAUGCUCCCAUCCGCGCCCUGUUGGCAGCGAUCGCCGAGCAUGGAUCCCUCACGGCCUGCGCGGACGACCUCGGGAUGCUGAUCAAGAACGCGGUCGCCCUUCCGAGCAUUGACCGCACCUUCGUUUCCAUCGAGUUCGCCUUCAAUCUGCAGCUGGCCUUGCACAAGUGCGUGCUGGUCCCGCUGUGGGAGGAGGUCACGGACGACACACUGCAGAACGUCAAGUCAUUCCUUGCUGAGGAGGUCCCACGCUGGAUUGGCUUCCGCAUUGACUCUUCGGCCAAGUACCUAGGAACCCACCUGGGCCCUGGCGUCACGGACUUUGGCAUUUGGAAGGCCGCGGCGGGGAAGUGGUGGUCCCGCUGCUGGGAGCUGGCGCGCACAGGCAUGGCCACCAGCCUUGCUGCCCGCGCGCACAACAUCAACGCGCUGCCGUGCCUGUCGUACCUGGCCCAGUUCUACUUCAUCGUGCCCGCCAUCUGGAAGGUCGAGUUCACCUCCCUGCACCGCUUGCUGCGCCUGCCACCAUCGUCCAUGCGCAAGGCGGACAUCCUUUCGAUGAGUGCGUGGUGUGGCUCACCGUCGCCGAUUGGCCUCUUCCCAUACACAAUCGCCGCGACGAUGCGUUCAGCGGAGAACACGGUGCGGGGUUGGGAAGCGCACCUUCGCCACCUACAUGAAGCUGCUGUGGAACACGUCCCACUCACCGAUGUGAUCAAGGGCAAAUGGUCCCCACCGUGGUGGCGAACGAGGAGGGCGAUCGUGCAGAACUACGCCAUGGUCUCGGACUCCUACGGCAUGCUUGACAUCCCCAGACCGUCGCUGGACUCGUUCACGAUCCCGAUCCCGAGCAGGUUCAUCUUGAAGGCGAAGGCGGCGAUGCUCCUGGAAGCGAAGAAGGCGGCCACUGCCACUCCCCCCAGGAAGCCCAAACGCCAAGCCACGGCGGCUGCUGUGCUCCGUGGCCUGCUGUACCCCGAGGACCUCGUCGCCAUCAUCCACCGGCGGCUGCGCAGAUGGGGGGUCGAAUGCACGCUGCCCGUGCUUCGUGAGAGAUGGCCUCCGCUGCGCUGCAAGCUGACGGAGGUCCGCCCAGCAUGGAUGUGGUCGUGGAUGCGUACGGCGGUCAAUGGUUGGACGACUUCGCGCCGCAUGAGCGCCGUCAUCGACGCUCGCCAGUGCAUCUUCGGCUGCGACGACCAGGACGCUCUCGAGCACUACAUCCACUGCCCGAGCUUGAGGGCGAUGGCCGCGGGCGAAGCUGGAGCCGACGCCAUCGGCAAUGGCCUGGAGCUCCUCGGCUUCGGGGACGAGCAGUACCACUCGAAGCGGUCCAUCGUGGACUGCAUCUUCACCAUCGGCCUCAUGUGCCAGUGCUACCACAUCCAGAAGAACAGGAUGGACGUGGGCCUGGCCGUGGGCGUCGACCAGCGGGCCUCCGUGAGGCUGGCCGCGCUCCAUCGCAUGCAGGCUUAG